AUGCGCCUCCUUGACUCAAACUCCACCUUCAUCAUCCUCGGACCCAAUCCCAACCAGUGUCUCGAGAUCACCAGCGAAAGCUCGGACGAUUCCUCAGCCUACAGCUCCUCCAGUUCUCUGCCCUCUACGCCUUCUAGGAACUUCAUGUCGGCUUCAUCUAUUCUCAGUCCACUUCACAGAUUGAGAUCCUGCCUUUCGCCUCAUGGACCACCACCAGUCACACCUCUUCCGACAAGUCGUACUAGCAAGACGCCUUCGCCGGCCCGCACAGGAGACUGCGACCCUCGGGCUGACUGGAUCAAACUUGGUGUACCUGACCUGCUCUUGGAUGACGAGGUGACAUCUCGGGGAAGGAAGCUAUCUACUGUUGAGGAGGCGCCUCAAGACGCGGACGCUGAAGACAGACUGGUUAACACAGAAGGGGGUUCCCCUGUCAUUCUGACGCCUGUCAGCCAUGGAGUCAGACAACAGAUGCGAAUAAUCGACAUGACAAAGAUUACGAUGUUCUUCAGCCGACCUUCCGUCAUCAACGAGGAGUGUGCACCCAUGAUCGAACCCAUCACUGGUAGUCCCUGCGAUGAUCAGCACCGACAACCAUGCCUUAAAGAAACUUCACUUUCUAACAUGCAGGCUGACACUGAGGAAGGUUGCGAAUGCGCGUCAUGUGGAAGGCAACUUGAUGCUAGUAGAGCCACACUAAUCAUUCCUUGUCGGGAUGUCAUAUGUGCCAGCUGCUUCUCAUCCACUGUCGCCGCCGUUUCUGUGACCAAAGGCCAAUCCAAAUGCCCAGCUUGCCUUGAUGUCAUCACUACAUUUGAGACUAUGUCUGGAAAACAUCAAGCGCGUGGGCAGCUCUGUUCCAAGGUCAUUGCGGCACCUCAAGGCAUAGGAUCAUUCACACCCUCCACAUUUGUCACUCAAAAUGGCUCUAUUGUGAUGCGCAUCGACAAUGUUGGAUGGGACGUGACCCCUUCGGUGGUUGAAGAAUUCCUGCCUAUGGACUCUCUCUCGCGCAAGGUCCCCCAGCCAGUUCAUAUACUUCUCAAUAAGUUUGACGGCCGCACCAAAGACUAUCUCUACAUCGAAGUCGCUUCCCUCGAAGCAGCCCGCCAUAUCCUAGCAACUCGCCAAAACACCUUCAUGCCCGGUGGAAAGCUUACUGGUCACCGACUUCGUGCUGUGACUAUCAGUGCUGUUCCGCAGAAAGAGCUUAUCGAUGAACUUCGCCCCAAAUCGAAUCUUGAGCUCCACGCUCUUCUCACCCUCUGUCGAAGCGCUGUUGCUUCUUCAGAGGCUGGUUGUAAGCGCAGUGGGGCUGGCAAAUACAUCAAGGCCAGGCAUGGACCUUUCUACUUGUUGAUGUCUACGUUGAGCAAGUUGAGUGGGAAGGAGAGUCCAUCUUACUCGGAUCUUUUCCAUGUCACGGCUGGUAUGCAGAGAACAUUCGAGGACUGA